UAGCGGAAGAUUCCACGGGAGAAUCGAUGCGCCUAUUUUCUAUGUUCGUUCAUGCCAGUAGCUGAGAGCAGGCGAGUCGCAUCGAUCGGUUUGGAACCGAGACUGAAAAAAUAUGGAGAACAUGGCAACAACUACAACCCUCGAUUCGAAACCAGCGACCCAAAGCCCUGAUGUUCCGACCCAAAUCACCGCAUCGAUUAGGGAUUCACUCUCUUCUACAAUGGAUGGAUGGUUCCACACCGCCUCCGAUGAAGAAUGUGAGGUCAUGACGGCGAAACUAUUGGACUACCGCUUCGAGGGAGAAGAUUUUCGCACAGAGUGGUGGGGUCACGCAGAGGCUCUGGGCUUUGUAAGGGUUGAUUAUUACCACUAUCGAUUGCCACCGAGCCUGGGACGAUUUUACAAUGGUGAGGAAGAAGAAGAAACCGAUGUCCAUACGGCGCAAUCCUUGUGCAGGAAUCUCAACACGCUCGCGAUUCCCCACGGCAAGAGUCCUCUGGAUCGGAUCGGUGAAUCGGACCGCAAGUGCGGCCGAACCAUCCUCGAGAGGGCCGUACUGAAAAAUCGCCUGCGAAACACCGCUUUUGACAAGCAAGGCAUUUUGGAUCAAUGGGCUACCCUCCGAGAGGAAUUAGUGUUUCGGAAAUUUCACGCGGCUGUCACGAAAGAUUGCAAGAGCAAUGAGCUCGAAGACCACACCAGACAGCAGAACGGAGGCAAGAGGGGAAGGGUUCGUAAAGCAUCGCUGCCGCCAGGGCGCGCUGCUUCCGGAGAGAAACGAAAGUUAUGGUCGUCAUCUGACGCUGGUGCAGAAUUGUUUUUUCGCAAAGGGAAGCGAACGAAAGCGACCAAGUCUUCGGGGAAGGUUUCCGGGGGGGGAAACGAUGACAAUCAAAACACCGAAUCAGAGGAAGUGAUCGACUACCCGACCACUGUACAAUCUUACAGCGAUUGUGCCCGAGAUCACCGAUUGGCUGAGGCUGCAUCUGUUCGAGAGUCUAAUAUUGCUGAUUCCUUGUUUGACAAUUGGAAAUUUCUCAUUUCUACAAAUCACUCGUUGCUCUUGUACGGUACCGGGUCCAAGAAGAAUCUCUUGGAACGAUUUGCAAACGACGAUCUCGACGGAGACGUCAUAGAAAUAAACGGCUUCGAUCCCAGCCUGACGGUCGAUGGUUUGCUUCGGCUGCUCAUCGAUCACUGGCUUGGGGGCGAGGAACCCACCAUUCGAAAAAACGAUUUCUACCACGUGCACCACGAGACCAGCUGCGAAACCGACAAGAGCACUGCUGCGGCGCGCCGAAUGCCCUUUUUCCCCCGGCGGGGGGAUUUUCGCCUGCUGCAAACGGCCCGCGCAGUGGCCAAGAGGAUUGCGGAAGAAGUGACCAAGACGGCGCGGCCCGUCACCCUCAUCGUUCACAGCAUGGACGCGGGAGGACUUGGCAGUGGCCUCGCACAGGAAGCACUGUCCGUGCUGGUAUCCCAGAGCCGGACCGGGUGCGGCCUCAACGCCGUGCGGUUGGUAGCGAGCAUCGAUCACGUUCGCGGACAAAUCGUGGUCGAGUCGCUGUCUCGCCACGGUCUGCACUGGUUGCAGAUGGAGGUUCACACGCAUCGCCCCUACGUGGACGAGGUGGUGCCGGAGCUCGCACUCUCGGAACGACAGUCGUCGGCGAAAAAGAGGGCCAGGGUGGCAUCGAGCGCAAGGAGCGACAGAGAUCUCCAACACGAGGGAAUGAGCGAAGACGAAUACCUAGCCUUGGAGCACGAAUCUAUAUUCUCCGUGCUAAAAUCGCUUUCGUCCACUCAUUCCGAGUCGCUCCGACAACUGGCCUGGCUCCAUCUGGAAUCGGAGCAAGAGUGGAUAAGCUACACCGAUCUGCUGAAGCGAUGCCGAUCGGAACGCAUCGUGCAGGCCGAUCAACAACUGAGGCUCUACMUUGGUGAGCUACUAGACCACAGCAUUCUAGAACGCAGCAAAAAUAAUGUGACCACAUCCUAUCGGAUCCCAUAUCCGGAAGAAAUCUUGUCCAUGAUCUGGAAUUUCAAACGAGAUUCAUAACAAUCCAAAAGCAAAUGACAGCUUCAAGCCAUGCAGAGAACUAUCUAAUUUUUGUGUGCAACUUGGCACACAUCUGAUUGGGGUUGGAAAGUGCCUGUUCGGAGAACACAUCAUCUAUAUACAAUAUGACUAUUGAAACCACAUGCUGCCUCCCCCCCCCUUUUGUUCUUUUGACGCAUCUGCUUUUGGGGCAUAGUUGUCCGAUAUCUUUCUGUAGGUUACUGGUGAUUCAGCUGCUUUGUCCACUACUACUACUAUCAGUAAGCGCGGUUCACUUAGUGAUAUACUCUGGAAUCAGCAAGCAUCAUCGUCUGAUGCUUUCUUGAUUGAGCUAAGUCAAAUAAAAAUGGGUUCGAUCGAACGUUGUUAGUCGUACCAUAUGGUUCAGAGGUACGGUAUAUAUGGUAUAAAGUUCAAGAAAUGAU